ACAAUCCACAGGUUAGGGGGCGCAAAUGACUUGCCUUGCCCCGGGUGCUGACAACCCACACUACGCCACUGCCUAUAGGUGACCCCUAUGUGUCUAUGUACAUACACGGUAUGAAGGAAUAGACCUGGAAGAUCACUCCUGUAUCUAAGGCUGACCCUUGAACCCAUCCCCUCCGCUCUGCGGCAGUAAUGCCGUACUAUAGCUGGUCACGGCGGGGGAGUCUGCGCCAGCCAUUCCAUCCUCUCACAACCCCCUAGCAACGAACUCCGCACCGUCCACCCUGCUAUUUACGAUCACGUGAUGCGCACGUCAUUACGUCCGUGCGUCGAGCUUCCGCCUGCCUUUGCUGCGUUUCUCGGGGUGGGGGGAAGGGGAGACUAUCAGCCUCGGUGUUAGAGAUCAUGGAGUCUGACUCAGUCAUAGAGGAUAAAACCAUUGAGCUGAUGUGUUCUGUGCCAAGGUCUUUGUGGCUAGGCUGCUCCAACCUGGUAGAGAGCAUGUGCGCACUGAGAUGCCUGCAGAGCAUGCCCAGUGUCAGAUGUCUCCAGACUACGUCUGUUAUGGAUGAUCAGAAUGAAGAUGAAUCUCCAAAGAAAAUCACUUUAUGGCAGAUAACUCAUGGAACAUCAUCAGUGAUUGUACCCAGAAAGCGCACAUCUGAUGGAAAUUAUGAGAAAGAGAAGGACUUGUGUAUAAAAUAUUUUGAUCAGUGGUCUGAAUCAGAUCAGGUUGAAUUUGUUGAACAUCUUAUUUCUCGAAUGUGUCACUACCAGCAUGGACAUAUUAAUUCUUACUUGAAGCCCAUGUUACAACGAGACUUCAUUACAGCACUACCAGAACAGGGCUUGGAACAUAUUGCAGAAAAUAUACUGUCUUACUUGGAUGCCCGAUCACUGUGUGCAGCAGAACUUGUAUGUAAAGAAUGGCAAAGAGUGAUUUCAGAAGGCAUGCUAUGGAAAAAACUUAUUGAAAGAAUGGUCCGUACUGAUCCUUUGUGGAAGGGUUUAUCAGAAAGGAGAGGAUGGGAUCAGUAUCUUUUUAAAAACAGACCUACUGAUGGCCCACCAAAUUCAUUCUACAGAACACUUUAUCCCAAAAUUAUUGAAGAUAUUGAGACAAUAGAAGCAAACUGGAGAUGUGGAAGGCAUAAUCUGCAGAGAAUCCAAUGCCGUUCUGAAAACAGUAAAGGAGUUUAUUGUCUUCAGUAUGACGAUGAUAAGAUUAUCAGUGGACUGCGGGAUAACUCUAUUAAGAUAUGGGACAAAACAACCUUGGAGUGUCUAAAAAUUCUAACGGGACAUACAGGGUCAGUCCUUUGUUUACAGUACGAUGAGAGAGUCAUAGUUACUGGUUCUUCAGACUCCACUGUAAGAGUUUGGGAUGUGAAUAGUGGAGAGGUGCUAAACACACUCAUUCAUCACAAUGAAGCAGUACUUCAUCUUCGAUUCUGCAAUGGUAUAAUGGUCACCUGUUCUAAGGACCGAUCUAUUGCCGUCUGGGAUAUGGCAUCUCCCACAGACAUCACACUGCGGCGUGUUCUGGUUGGCCAUCGUGCAGCAGUUAAUGUUGUCGACUUUGAUGACAAAUAUAUUGUUUCAGCUUCUGGUGAUAGGACAAUAAAGGUUUGGAGCACUAGUACAUGUGAGUUUGUUCGCACACUAAAUGGGCACAAACGGGGCAUUGCUUGUCUACAGUACCGAGAUCGUUUAGUUGUAAGUGGAUCUUCAGAUAAUACUAUCAGGUUAUGGGAUAUAGAAUGUGGAGCAUGUUUGCGGGUUUUAGAAGGCCAUGAAGAGCUUGUGCGCUGUAUAAGAUUUGAUAACAAGAGGAUUGUCAGUGGAGCCUAUGAUGGAAAAAUAAAGGUUUGGGAUCUGCAAGCUGCCUUGGAUCCGCGAGCACCUGCCAGCACCUUAUGUUUGCGUACUUUGGUGGAACAUUCAGGACGUGUGUUUCGGCUUCAGUUUGAUGAAUUCCAAAUCAUUAGCAGUUCCCAUGAUGACACCAUUCUGAUCUGGGAUUUUUUAAAUGUUCCUUCAAAUGCUCCUAAUGAAACCCGUUCUCCAUCUAGAACAUAUACUUACAUCUCCAGAUAGCAUUGUGCACUUUUAUUUCCUUACAAGGGAUUAGCUAUACUGAACUACUGUACUGGAUAUGUGGAUACUGCGAGAAGCUCAUGUACUAGUAAUUAUCUGAGAUUGUUACUGGUGCCACUUACAAGUCAACUUUAACUUAUAUUGUCUCUCGUUCUUAUUACUAUGAAGUUACAAGCCACUUCAGGAGAUGCACAUUGAAGUUCUGUUCCAUAAUUUGCAUCUAGAAUCCAAAGCUGAAAAUGUAAAUUUUAUAUAAGAACUGAACAUUUGCUGAGGGGAAUAAGUACAAAAGGAUGCAACCUCAUUUUUUUUGCACUUAGUGACUCUGAAGGAGAAUGUUUCCCAAUAGGUUUUGGGUGCCAAACAUAUCCAAAUGUUCUUUGUGCUUCAUUUUUCUUUCCAACUUUGAACAUGGAAAAUACUUUGUUUAGCAUGUAUGUGGUAGGAAAUGUAACUGUAUAUGCCAUUGUUGCUCUGUUGGGAUAUUUUUUCACUCAUGUUUAUCAAUCUUUGUGUUUCAUUGAUGACAGCUACUCGUUUCUUUUGUAGCAUCUUUUUCCUUCCUAAUCUUUUUUUUCAUGAAUCACCACAACCAAGCUUAUAGGAUUAGCCAUGUAACACAACACUAGGAGAAAAAAAGCAGCGUGCCCUGUUUCUGUAUUGUGACCCAGAGCACAAGCUUUAGAAGUAUUUUAUCCUAAGAGUUGAACCUGUUAGGUAAACUGGAAAAAUAGUCAACAAAUCUUUUCUACUUUUCUGGACUGUUACAUCUGUGUUUUUUUUCAACAUUAUGAUGCUUGAUAUUCUAUUCUUCACAUAUUUCAUAUCCAUCGCUCCAAUAAAUACCCAGAUCUCACAAGUGGCUCUUACUGCUUGAAUCUCACUCUUCUAUGGUACAAAAUGGAAUUCAUUGUUGGAGCCAACUCAUCAUAAAGUUACUGAUCGGAAAGGGAUUCCAAGGGGUCUAAUCAUUCCAAGUUUCAAAAAUUUUGAGUCCUUUUUAACAAGUAUAAUUCAUUGAUAGAUUUGGUUGACAGGUGCACUUUAAAGAAAAUAUCUGCAGUCAGUAUUCAGCUAUAACAGGUUUUAACAUUAAGCUCCCUGCUAUUUUAAAAAUUGUAAAAUUAAUGUUCCUAAUUUGUGCCAAAGUAACCAUUGUGAUGUGUUUUUUUUUUCCCCCUUCCUUGGGUGUUUUUUUUUUUUUUAUUUUAUUUUUUUUGAGUUGCCGUUAUAUUGUAAAAUGCAUUUGGGCAGAUUAGCUCUCAUAACUUUCAACUAUAACUUGGCUUUUUCUUGGUAAUUCUGUUUAUAUUUGAUUAAAAUGUAAAAUAUGUUUACGUGCAAAUGUGAAUAGAAUAUUAAUAUGCCAUUAAUGUGUAAAUCUUAAUCUUAUUAACCAACAUGAAUGACUUCAGCAGUCUGAAAUCACGAUGUACUGUAGUUGUCAUGGAACAAAUCUGUACAGUAUGAUUCCUGUGGGCCACACAAUGUAUAUAAGCACAAAUAUGUAAGAUGCUUUGUUCUGUGUUUGAAAGUUCAGUCAGUACGUACAUUUGCCGAACAUUAAAGUCUACAAUACUGUCUGCCCUUUAUAUUCGGAAUGAUAGGCUCUCAACUGUUACAUGAAAAUUAUUGUAGGUUGAGUCUUAUUUUUUACAUUGAAUGCACCAGAAAUGUCUAGUGAAUUAGACCGAAUUUACAGGGAACCCUGUUGGAAUUAUUCCUUCUAAUAGUACAUAUUUUCAUAUGAAACAGUACUUAAAGUGAAGCCCUGCUUUGGAGUGAAUAUUUUAUCGGUCACCUUGGGUAUUGCCGGAAAAACCUCAGAAAUAGGGCUAUGUUAAGUCACUGGGAUUUCUGCUGUACGGGUUUAACCUCGCCUUUUUAGCAGCUUGUUCUCAGCUAAAAUAAUCUAGCUCCACAGACAAAAAGUGAAGGGCAAUGUGGGAAGUUAGAUUUUUUUUUUUUUUUUUAAAGCAAACAGGUCAGUGACUUACCACAACUCUAUUUUUGAAAUGUAUUAUUAAAUAACAAGAUUACAGGAUGGCCAUCUAGCCAAGCCUCUAGAAAAACUGGAGUGGGGCUACGUUUUAAGGCCAACAUAUUUGUAUUUCCAUCUUCCUGGCUGAGAACAAGUGUUUAUUUUUUUUGCAAACCCUACCAACACCCCCAAAGCAACAUAUUUGAUUAAGAUUAAGCUGUUUAUAGUUAACUGCUUUUGUGUGUUUUCCUGCUAAGCCAUUUAAUAAAGUCUGUAAUUGUUAUUUUACAUUUGGAUACAUCUGAAACAUAGUUAACAGCCUUGCUAUCAGUGAUGCCAAUGUCGUCCUGUCAACCUUAUGUUUGUGUAAUGAGCACAAGUUGCUUACUCUAUUUACCCGGAAUUAUUGCUCAUUAAAAAGUGUAUAAUGCUUGUAUUAAAAUUCCAUUCCCCUAAAACCUGUUUUAAAAAUUGUUUUGUAAUUAUAUUUAGUGUAACUUGCAGGUGAAUUUUUGUCCCCAUAGAGACUCUGAAAUACACUAACUUUCUGGCUGCGCUCUUGACAUUAUUUUGCAAACAAUUACUGGACAUAUGUACAUGAAUACUAUUUAAUUAGAAGCACUGGGAAACUUUUUAGUUCUGUGUGUAUCCUUUAUUUGAGCAUAUGUGUAUGAAUAGCUUAUUGAAACUGUAAAUAUAUUGUUUAUCAAAAGCUUUGUACUGUGGAAUGUGCUUAAUAAAAAAAACUGCUGAUAG